AUGAUACGCGGUGAUUGUAGACUAGUAAUCAUCGGUGCUGCAGCAACUAUCCUGUGUUCUCUUCUGUAUGAAAGUCGCUCCUUGAAUUCGUUUCGGCAACCAUUGCACUACACAGCGAAAUUCAAUGCAACGAGGACCAGCACCAGCAGCACCACUAGUACUACAUGGAACAAGAACAAUGAGGACAAGAACGACGAAAUUCACCCAAAGAGAGACACAAACAAGGGAACUCUAGUUCGCUCAUCAUCAGAUAUCCAACAAAGCUGGGAAAAGGUUCAGAUUCCUUCGAAUUCGAAUUCCACUGUUGCUUCUGAUGUAUUUGUUAUUUGGCAUGAUCCAGAAAACCAAUCCAUUUGUGUGUCACUCGCGGAAAAUUCCCGAUGUCCACACCCUGCCUUUCUUGGGCGGCUCUCUGGUCCAUCACUUGCCCUGUUGGAAUGGAAAGAAGAAAGUACUGGGGAAAGCAGUAGCGAGUUUGUACACUGUGGCUCGUACAACAAACAGUGGCUCGAACCCGGAACCUACUUUUUGGAUAUCAUUAUCCUGUUCUGCAACGAUUUUGGAAUCAAUGCAGUGACGAGGAAGCAGAAUGAAUCGGCGUGGCUAUCUUAUGAUUUCCAAAAGGAUUGUUUAGAAGAUCCGACCUACAACCGUAUUACGGGAGAGGAAGCUUAUGUCACGAUUGAAGAAGCCAUCCAAAGUACUCCACAUCUUCGACCCACGGGACGGUGGGUUUCCACCAACAUGGCAUCAGCAUCCAUACCAAAACCCUUGUACACGCGAUACCAACCACGGCACUGUCGCCGAAACCCCCAAAUAGAAAGAUGUGCGGUGCCAAUGAAUGGUACAGCUCUCGAAUCUUAUUCUUUCGAAUGGGAGAACAAGGAGGCUCGAGAAGCUUGGGGUGAGAGACUCAAAAUUGCAGCCAGAACUGUGCCAAAGAUGCCAAAAAUAUGUCUCGUUGGGUAUUCCCACAGUCGGUUUCUUGGAAAAUCCUUCAACGCUAUUGGAUUGGGAAAGUAUGUACACCAUAUCCAGGCACGGUAUCCAUCUGACAUUAGUCCAUGGAUGUUCGACCACUAUCACACAAACCACAGUUGCACUCGCUUUAUUGUGGGAGUGGCCCAGUGGCCCGGUAGCCUCAUGCAAGGAUCGCCAUAUUUGUUUGAUCGAUUUUAUACCGAAAUGAAACGAAUCGUGAACGUUGCAGUAUCGACAUUUGCCGACAAGGAGGAAGACGUGAAGGUGUACAUGAGAUCCAUCCACCACAUUCCAAUUGGGGAUGUCACUGGAGCCUGUCCAAUAACGGAUUGGCGUUCGCCAGUGGUGAUGGAUGGAUACACCCACGUGAUCCAAAAGGCAGUGGAGGAAGUCAAAAAGAAAACUGCCAUUGGCCGCAAUCUUGUGGAGUUUCUGGAUACGCGGUUCAUUGUUUCACCAAUGUGGGACAAUGCCUUUGAUUGGAUUCACCUGGCCCCCCAGGUCUCUGAUGUCGAGGCCCUCUACAUGGCAGCGAUAAUAUAUGAAAAUAUAUUGAACGAUCCAAAAAUGGCGGAAACUACCAAAAAUGGUGAUGGAGCAGUAUGA